CACUCCAUGAUUCCUACGACGGCAUUCUUAAGUCACUUUGAACAUUCUUUCUGCUGCUGGUGAUGAAUGAUGGAAGACUCUACUGGCAAACCCCCUGAUGAAUGGUAACGAUUUCUUUACUCGCUUCUCGUAUCCAUCGUCUUCAUGUUCUCAUCUCCAAAAGCGCAAUCGAAUUCCUAUGCGACAUCAGAUUCCACAGAUCCAUCGUGUUGCCUCCUGAUCCCACAAAAGGCCGCUUGAGCCCAUUGAGGUUCUCCUACAGCGACUAUGGAUACCACGACCCGUUGCACCCCGAAUCCGAAGCCGUCGUCCUGUUCUGCGGUCCCCUAAUGGGCGGCCGCUUCGCAUACGCCCAGCUCGACACCCUCCUCAAACGUCACCGAGUCCGAAUCAUCCACCCCGACCGCCCUGGCAUAGGCGGCAGCGACCCUGUCAAGCUCCAAGAUCGCAUCGCCACCUGGAUCGAACUGGUCCCCUACCUCCUAACCCACCUCGCCAUCCCCCACGUCUCGCUCGCCUCCCACAGCGGCGGCUACAUCUACGCCUUCAAUACCCUCCUCUCCCUGCCCCACCUCCUGCACCCCUCCACGCCCUACCUCGCCCUCUUCGCCCCCUGGGUCCACCCCUCCCACUCCGCCAUCACCUCCCUGGCGCUCACAAAGUACCUCCCCACGGCCGCCGUCGGCAAGUUCGCCGCCCUCGCGCGCUUCCUCAACCACAACGUCGCGCCCGUCGUCGGCUACAGCGGCGCGCUCCUUAACCAACUCAAGCACCACGCCCCCGCCGCGCUGCCGCCCGCCGCCGCCGCUUCCAACCGCGCAAGCCUCGACGCAGAAGCAGGAUCGGCGCUCGAUGCAGCCGACGCCGCCCUCUUCGCGAAGGCAGUCUCGACCACCUCGAUGCGCUACAUCUUCGCCGAGGCCACGGACGGCAUCUCGGAGGACGCGAAGCUCUUCCUGCGCAAAGGCGCGCACGCCGCGUGGUCCUUGCCCAGCCCGGCCCCGGAAUGGGCGGAUGUGGACGAGUUUGUGCCGCUGCUGUGCGCGGGGGUGUUUCUGAACAGCAUCACGGGGACGCUGGCGGUGGAUGUGUUCCACGCGGCGAGCGAUAGUAUGGUGGGCGAAAAGGGGCAGAGGUGGUUUGAUGAGUGCUGGGACGCCGAGCGCUGGCCGCAGGGCGUCGGGGAGCGGAUGAGGUAUAGGAGCCAGGUUGGGCCGGUGGGGACGGAUCAUAAUUUCCUGCUGGCGGAGGAGUGGGGGUUGAGUGAGGAGUGGGCGGGGAGGGUGAGGGAGAGUUUUCCGGUAUGAGAGCGGUGGGGAAGGACAGAGGGAGAUUAGGGGUGUGGAUGUGCUUUUGUGACGUUUUGGCUAAUAUUAGGGUUUGUUCUUAGAUUUACCGCGUCCCCUUUGACGAGGAGGAGUGGUCGGACGGUGCGCGAGCUCCGUCGUUGUCACGGAGAUCCAGUUUGAAGAACUGGCUUAGGGGUGGGAUGAAGAGCAAUCCGA